CAAAGCUUGCUUUUGGUUACCAUUCCACAACUUCUCCUCCCAUUAAAAGCUUUGACCAUAAGACAAUUUGCCUUGAACGAUUUUUCACAAAAAUUAUAUAUAUAUAUUGCCAUUUGGCGCCUUUGUUUCGUUAUCAUACUUGUGAAAAAUCUCGACGCGAUCCUCGUGACCACGUCAAAUAUCAUUGUUGACUAUAUAGCGAAUCUGUUUUUGAUCGUCAUUGGUUGCACCUGGUCAUCACUAUGGAUCAUCAGGUGGAUAGAUUAGUCGAUAAAAUCUGGGCAAAAUUGCAAGCCACUCCCGACAAUGCCCGUUUAAUGAUAGCAAUCAGUGGCAUCCCAGGAUCCGGGAAGACACAACUCGCCAACAUGAUGGCCAAUCGAAUCAAUCAGCUCUAUUCCUCAGAACACGCAAACUCCCCUCCCGUUGCAACAGCCCUCCCAAUGGACGGCUAUCACUACACACGGGCAGAACUCGCGCAGAUGCCGGAUCCCGUGUACGCCGUUGCCCGGCGGGGUGCAGCCUUUACGUUUGACGGCCACAAGUUUCUAACACUGGUACAGAAGCUCCGGGAACAGGUAACACCGGAGACUCUGAGCGUGUUUGCCCCCAGCUUUGACCAUGCGGUUAAGGAUCCUGUUGAGAAUGAUAUAGCCAUCCCUGCUACGUGCAGGGCUAUCUUCUUCGAGGGGAACUAUCUAAGUUUGAAUAAGGAGCCGUGGAAUGAGGCUGCGAGCCUGAUGGAUGAGCUUUGGUUUGUCGAUGUGGACUUUGAGAUUGCUCGGAAGAGAUUGAUUCGGAGACAUGUUCAGGCGGGGAUUGCGAAGGAUGAGGAAGAGGCAGACAAACGGGCGAGGGAAAAUGACCUGGUCAAUGGAAGGGAGAUUGUGGACUUCAGAAUGGAUGUUCAGGAGAUUGUUUCCAGCAAUUAUGAUUCUAUGUGGGACAGGUGAUGUGGAUUAUGGACAUCCAACAUUCGACAACCAACACCGUUAGCAUUUUGCAGACAGAAAGAGUAUUCUGCUUGUGAGUUUCUCUGUACAUUCUUCAUGAUAUAAAUACAACAAUCCUUGCUUCACGC